UAUAGAAGACUUGCCUCAACCUUACCUUCUCAAGGUGGGGGUCAAUGAAAGAAAGCAAGAAAGUUCAUAGAAAAAGCUAAAAGCUUAAAGCUUAAAGAAAGCUGCUAGCACAAAGCUAAGUGCUUUCCUCCAUUCCAUCUGUACAGGUAGGGAUUGACUCUGCUUCAUCUAUAAGACACAUUCAACCAAAAAGCACAAAGAAAAUUCACCCAUGUUAGACAACACUGGCUCAACACCUGGUCCUUCUUCUUCUUCUGAUGCCUUCACUUCCUCAGAAAAUGGUGUCUGCAACAACAAAAGAAAAAGAAGACCAGCUGGUACCCCAGAUCCAGACGCCGAAGUUGUCUCUCUUUCCCCCAAGACUUUAUUGGAAUCGGACCGAUACGUCUGUGAGAUUUGCAAUCAAGGAUUUCAGAGGGAUCAGAAUUUGCAGAUGCACCGGCGGCGUCAUAAGGUGCCUUGGAAGUUGUUGAAGAGGGAGUCGCCGGAGGUGAGGAAGCGGGUUUUCGUGUGCCCGGAGCCAAGCUGCCUCCACCACGACCCAUGCCACGCCCUCGGCGAUCUCGUCGGAAUCAAGAAGCAUUUCAGGAGGAAACAUAGUAAUAAUAAGCAGUGGGUUUGUGAGAAGUGCUCCAAAGGCUAUGCUGUUCAAUCUGAUUACAAGGCCCAUCUCAAGACUUGUGGUACUAGAGGCCAUUCUUGUGACUGUGGAAGAGUAUUUUCCAGAGUUGAGAGUUUCAUUGAACACCAAGACACUUGCACAGUCCGGCUGAUCCAGCCGGACUUGCAGGCACUGCAGCCAGCCUGCUCGUCUCGAACGGCAUCCAGCACGAGCCGUUCGAGCGACAACAACAAUUUCAGCAUUGCUCCAUUGCCAAGACUCCCAAUACCUACCGAACCCAUCUUCCUAUGCCCAGAGCGACACAGUUCUACCGGCAACGAUCAUCACCACAACUUGGAACUUCAGCUCCUGCCCUCGUCAUCAAAUCCAUAUUCUUCCCGUAAUUGCGAUGAAAACCAUGAAACCAAUUUGAAGCUGUCGAUUGGGUCAUGCAACCAAGAAAGGAAACAUACAGAAGCGGCAAUAGAAGCGUCGAGGAUGAAGGAAGGCGCGAGCGAGCAAUUGAAGUUGGCGAUGGCGGAGAAAGCGUACGCAGAAGAGGCUAGACAGCAAGCGAAAAGGCAGAUUGAAUUGGCCGAGUUGGAAUUUGCUAAUGCUAAAAGAAUUAGGCAACAAGCACAAGCCGAACUCGAGAAGGCCCAAGCUUUAAAAGAACAGGCAACCAAGAAAAUAAGCUCAACUAUUUUGCAAAUUACUUGUCAUUCUUGCAAGCGACAUUUUCAGGCAACCACAUCGACUGCACUGGCUGACGAAACCUCUCUCGCUGCAAGUUAUAUGUCGUCAGAGAUUACGGGAGGGGAAGCAGAGUGAAACACCACACACAAACUUUGAUUUUUCUUGAAUCAAACUCUCUCUCUCUCUUUUUAUCUUUCUUGUGAACGUUUUUUUUGUUUUUAUUUUUAUUGUGUUAUUUUUGUAUAUCAUUGCUUCUAUUUGUUAUGUUAAAACCAUGUGUUUGUCAGUGUCUGGUGGUGGUGGUGGUGGCCUUUGAAGAUGUUCAUCAUUCAAUUGAGUGUUGUAAUUUUUGUUUUUUAUUUUUGAAUUUUUUUUGAAAUUUUUUGAAAUUUUUUUUGGGUGUUGAAUAA